AUGCCGUUGUCAAGUUUGAGAGAUAACAAGAACGAGGACUAUCGUUCGGGUGAGUUUGGUUUGGUGGGUGCCGAGCAAGGAGACGAGACGGCGUAUGAUACUCGUCGUCCACCGGCGGUCGAUGACUCUGCUGCUCCCCGCAUUGAAUUCCCCCAAGACAAGAUAUAUGGAAGAGACGAAGAAUUCGCGACGCUACGAGGACUCUAUGACGAUGCCAGCGAUGGUGAUGGUCCUGAAGUGGUGUUUCUUUCGGGUUACUCGGGAUCGGGCAAGACACGGCUCGUCAACGAAGCAUUUGGCAAGACGCCGGUGUUUAUCCAAGGGAAAUACGAGGAGUUGCAGACCGAUGAUGUCUAUAUGGGCAUUGUGGAAGCGUUUGGACGGUGGUAUGAGUCUCUGAAAUCGGAGUCCAGAAAAGAAUUUUUGGUGCAUUUGGAAGAAGCCGUGGGAGAUGACAUUGCGGUGGUGGAGGAACUCAUUCCCGGCAUGAUGGAUUGCGGUAGUAGUGUGGGCUCUCGAUCGUCCAGUGCCAUGCUCCUAGGCCAAAUCGACGUUAGUACACUCAACAAGAAUCGAGUCCAUUUCGUCUUGACGUGUUUUCUCAAGGCCAUUGGAUCUUCCGUUUCGAGCGAGGGAGCCUUUGUGUUGUUUCUCGAUGAUCUGCAGUGGGCUCAAACAGAAUCGCUCGAGCUACUCCGCGCCAUUUUGACAGACUCCACCAUCAACAAUUUUCUUUUUGUGGGCGGCUACCGAUCCCAAGAGGUCCUGCAGAAUCAUCCGCUCGCAGAAAUGAUGGAUGAAAUGGAUAUGCACCUGGCCGACUAUGAAACACUAGAGCUCAAGGACUUAAACAGACAACACCUCAAUGCGUUCAUUGCGGAUACGCUCAACUUGACACCGGACCAGGUUCAACCAUUAACGGACGCCAUCUUCUCCAAGACAUUUGGAAAUAUCUUUUUCACAAUGCAAGCGCUCGAACAACUCGUUCGCAAAAAUGCACUCUAUUACGAUAUGACCGUCUUUCAAUGGCAAUGGGUCGACAACCUAACCUCGCAACACCUGGACGAACUACUUUCCAACGAUGUCGUCGCCAUGAUCAAGUCCAAAAUGGAAGAAGAUUUGUCCCCACAACUACAUAAAGUACUCAUUGUGGCAGCCAACCUAUCUCGAAACACCUUUGAUUUCAAAACGUUGGCGGCGGCAGCGGAUACUACCGUUUAUGGUCCCAGAAUUCAGAGUCAUGCCCUGCAAAAAUUGCUCGAUGAUGCCGUGGCGGAAGGAUUGCUGUUUUGCAGUAGUACCAACAAUCCACAAGAAGAAGACCCGACAACCUACAAGUACACAUUUUAUCACGAUCGGAUACGCGAGGCUGCCGGAUCGUUGGUCGUGGGGGAAUCGCGAGAACAACUCUUGUUUCACAUUGGGAAAGUCUUGGCGGAACGGGCAGUGAACAAAGAUCAAGGAGCGGAAGAGUGGAUGCUGUUUGGGGCAGCCCAUCACCUCAACGCCGCACCAACGCGUUGUCAUCCGACAACCAAUGAUUGGAAAUUGACCAUGGCCAAGUUGAAUUUGGAGACCGCCAGGGCAUCCAUGGCAAUGGCAGCCUUCCAAAAGGCAGCCAACUAUACCGAACACGGCAUGGCAUUUCUACCAUCCUCCAAUGAGUCAUCCUGGAAUUCCGCCGAGAGUCAUGAUUUAUGUUUCGACCUGUAUUCGACCGCAGCGGAAGCUUGCCGGCUGACGGGCGAUAUUGCAAAAAUGCAACAGUACUCCAAUAACCUUCUUCAGAACGCACAAGCAAAGGACGACGACAAGUUGUUCAAAGUGCGCUACAAUUUGGCAGUGGGGCUCUUUUAUGGAGCGGAACAACACCAGGAAUCCCUGGCAAUCAUGUUGGAUCUCCUCAGCAAUUUGAAUUGUCGAUUUCCAAAAGGCACCGUGUCAUGCGUGUCAAAAACCAUUGGGCACUUGGUCAGUCUUCCGUUUGCCAAAGGAAAACGAACCAACAAAGAGCUGGAGAAAGUGGAGUUUAUGGAGCGUCAGGAAACGUUCAAAUGUAUGAUGAUCCUGGAUAAGCUCUUUGAGCUUUGCUACCUGAUGAAAAAGGAGGACCUUCUUCCCCUCGUCAUCUUUCGCGCACAUGAGUACACCCUCAAGUAUGGGCUCUGUAUUUACUCCCCAAAGCUAUUCGCCGCGAUCUCCUUAUUCUUUUCGGAAGCCCUGAAUGACUUGAAAGGGGCAGCAGUGUAUGCAAACUAUGCGCUGGCACUCAUGAGGAAGGUGAACCACCGUCCCAUUGAGUGCGGGACAUUGAUGAUCGCUUAUUUCUUUGGACUGCAUUGGACCGUUCCCGUGAAAGACUGCAUCGAGCCCAUGAGGCACGCCUAUACGAUUGGCACAAAGACAGGGGAACUGGAAAAUCCCAUGUGGUGUAUCUUCAAUGUCUUUCUUUUCUCAUUCCAAGCUGGCGUGUCGCUGAGCAAAAUUGAAGCGUCGAUUGUUCAACACUUACCGGAAAUGGAGGCGAAGAGCCUCAAAAUGAUUGUUUACUGUGCGACAUCAUUUUUGAAUCUGACUCUGACCCUUAUGGGGCGCUCCACUAAUGUUGAAAAUGGCACAGAAACUGACGAGGCGAUGUCCGAGGUCCCGGUUGCCAUUCUGAUCGCUGCGGCAGGGACAAGAAUUAAGCAAGGAUACUUUGGAGACUACGAAAGCUGCGCCGAAUCUGGAUUGAAAGCUGGAAGUGACGUGCGCAAGGCAUCCCCAGGGGGGCCAAUUCCUGUUAUGGACAUGUGUGUGUGCGCCUUGUCGUGUUAUAUUAUGGCACAACGUACCGGCAAAUCCAAGUACACACGAGAGGCAAAGAGCAUUCACAAAACGUUCAAGGGAUGGGCCAAACAAGGUAAUCCAAACAUUAUGCACUGGACUCUCCUGCUGGAUGCGGAAUCGGCGGCUCUGAGCGGGAAAAAGAAGAAGAAGGUGGUGAUCGAAAAAUAUGAAUCGGCAAUCUCAUUGGCCAAGGAAGGAGGCUACUUGCAUGAUGCUGCUAUAGGCUCUGAGCGAUUGGGCGAGUUCAUGCUUGAAGUUCUUUCUGAGGAGCAGGAAGCCGCAGUGGUCUUGAAACAAUCUCUGAGACUAUGGCAGGAUUGGGGUGCACGGGGCAAAGCUGAUAGGAUGAUUGAGAAAUACCCACAGAUAUUGCAGCAACCAGAAGAAGCUAAGAAGAACUAGCAAAGUUGACGGGAACCCAAGAGCGAUGAAGCACAAAGCAAAGUUCAAGACGCGUACAAGUUCGAAGUUCAAGGACACGGUGUGCCAAUUCCGAGUCCAUAAUGAGCACAAGAGUGCCAACAAUUACUCACAGACCGAAAUUCUGCAGUGGCGCAGAGUAGAGAUUGGUCUCUGCUGUCAGUCGAAUGGCUCUUUUCAAGGUCUUCUCUUCGCCUAUCCCCACCGACGUUGUGUCCCAAGCUCACACGAAAACGAAGUCAACACAGAAUUGAAGUGCUCGAUGCCUUGCCUUAUAAACCACUGCAGGGGGUUUGCUCCACAGUAGCAACAACAAUGACCAACAUCAAACAAACUAACGCGGCUCUUUCCGCAUAGCUACAGAUUCCAGAAUUCCGAGGUUUCGACUUUAAAUUUUAAAAGUGCCACGCAGGCCCCUCUUUUGCUG